UUCUUUGCAGUACAUCAUGCAGAUCUUCGUGAAAACCCUCACUGGAAAGACUAUUACUCUUGAAGUAGAACCUUCAGACACCAUUGAAAAUGUAAAGGCAAAAAUUCAGGAUAAGGAAGGCAUCCCCCCAGACCAGCAGAGAUUGAUCUUUGCUGGUAAGCAGUUGGAGGAUUGUCGCAUUCUUUCUGACUACAAUAUCCAGAAGGACUCUACACUCCAUUUGGUAUUGCGUCUUAGAGGAGGAAUGCAGAUCUUUGUGAAAUUUACAGGAAAGAUUACCCUAGAAGUAGAACCUUCAGACACCAUUGAAAAUGUAAAGGCAAAAAUUCAGGAUAGGGAAGGCACCCCCCAAAACCAACAGAAAUUGAUCUUUGCUGGUAAGAAGUUGGAGGAUUGUCGCAUUCUUUCCGACUGCAAUAUCCAGAAGGAAUCUACACUGCAACUUAUUAGAGAAGGAAAAGAAGGAAAAGGAAACAACAACUACAUCUUUGUGAAAACCCUUACCCUUACAGGAGAGACCAUUAUCAUAGAAGUAGAAUCUUCAGACGAUAAAUGUACAUUCCCCCCUUUGGUAUUGCGUCAUAGAGGAAUGCAGAUCUUUAUGAAAAAAUAA